AUGUAUGUAGAUGACAUUGUUAUUGCAGGAGAUGAUAAGGUUGGUAUUGAGCAGUUGAAGACUCAUUUGCAUUCUCAUUUUCAGACCAAGAAUUUGGGCAGGUUGAAGUAUUUUCUUGGCAUUGAGGUAGCUCAAUUUGCCCAUAAUGUGCGCCUCUCUCAAAGGAAAUACAUUAAAAGUGCUCCUGGUAAAGGCUUGUUGUUUGAGAACAAAGAAAACAAGUACAUUGUUGGAUACACUAAUGCAGAUUGGGCUGCUUAUCCUAUAGAUAGGCGCUCUACCUUGGGUUACUGUAUCUUGUUUGCAGGAAAUUUAGUGUCUUGA